GUUUACUAUCAAUUCAAAAAAAAAAAGUCUCAUUUUGACUCCACAAGAGCCUGAAAACUUGCUUGUUAGCAUUAUUUGUUUUAGCAUUUUUCAAGAUGAUGAAGAAUUUAGUUUGUCUUACUUUGUUUGUGACCUUAGUAGUGCAAACAAGUGCCGAUAAGAAUCUAGUACAAAACACUUGUAAGAACACACCCAACGAAAAGUUGUGCCUCAAAACCUUACUGGCUGACCCACGCAGUCCCAGUGCGGAUGUAUCUACACUGGCGCUGAUAAUUGUGGAUGCCAUCAAAGUUAAGGCAGCGCAGGCGGCAACCUCCAUUUCCAAGUUACGACAUUCUAAUCCUCCGGCAGCCUGGAUUGUCCCUUUGAAGAAUUGUGCAUUCAACUACAAGGUCGUUCUAGAGGCGGGUGUGCCAGAAGCAACUGAAGCUUUGACUAAAGGGAACCCAAAGUUUGCAGAAGAUGCAGUAGUUGGAUCUUAUGGUGAUGCAGAUCAAUGUGAGAAAAAUUUCGGUGAUAGUAAGUCACCUACCACUGCUCUAAACACAGUCGUGCGUGAUCUUUGUGAUGUGGCCAGAGCUAUUAUCAGAACUUUACUAUAAAAAUAAGAAAUACCAGAAAAAAAUUUGAUUUUGUAUUUUGGGAGUAUUAAUAUUUGAUCUUGCAAUAAUUGAUAUUCUGGGAUUAUUAUGAGAAGCUUUGUUUUAUGUUUCAGAGUUGUCAUUAGACAUCGA